UUUCUGAGACACAACGUGUAGUUGCCAUCUCCUCUCGCAUGAUGAUCACGUUUCCAUCGGAUUACUAGUGAAGUGAAAAAGUGUGCCAUUCUCUUGACAGGCUUUUCCCCAAAAGGUUGCUCUCUGAUAUGACUGUGUAGAAACUUGACAGCAAUUAAUUCCAUAUUUUUACUCAUAUUUCUGAUGCUCUUUAAAACGGCCCACUUUACAACUUAGUAAUUAUGUGGCCGCCUGUUUAUGCGGGUGACAAACAUAGGGACAGCUUGGAGUGAAAUUAUUGACCAAUUUGUUUUUAAUCAGUGCUACCCACCCUGAGGAGCGAGCCUGUCACGAGGGGCGUGCCAUAUUAAUAUUAAACAUUGAUGAGCCUUCGUGCAGUGUUCGAGCUUCUACUCCGGGAGGUGUGACGUCACGUGAGCGGCUCGUGUUCGUUCCAGCUGAGCGAAAAGAUCGGACGGCUGAAGCUCAAAGCGUGCGGUAACUCACAUGCAGAGAGAACUGAACAGAAGGGGGUGACCACAGGGGGAAAAAGCGAUUGAGCGACUGAAUGGAAAAAAACGUCAACAUCCCACCAAUCGCACUACGCAGCAGAAAUUGACUCAGCAACACUUUCUUCGUUUUGUUUUCAUUUGUCAUUUUGAGACGACGCAAGUUUCGCGCAUUCAAGAGUUCAGCGUAUUCAAGUUAUCGUUUGCAGUAUUGGAUUUUUUUUUAUUCUCCCAGAUUUUCCCACUGUUCUCUGCUGGAAACGUUAUAUCCGGUUAAUUUGUUGCUUUUUUUCCCCACACGUUGGACUUGGACAUAACGCCAUUCUGGACAUUCGUCUGUAUUUUUUAAAAGUUCCGACAUAAGAAAAGCUGUCAACAUUUUCUGGAAGUACUGGGAAUGUAUAUGUUUAUCCACUCUACCAAUCUACAAUCAAAUGCAAGCAGAAUGGCACUCUUUGUUUAAACACCUUAUUUCCAAAUAAAGUACUGAACCACCCAAGCAUCUAGCGGUCAAAGGAGCUCAAUCCGGCAGACGUUGGAUGAUGGCCAGGCCGCUUUCACAGCUCCUUCCCCCGGACCUUCCCUCUGCCGGAGCCAGUCCGCAGUUUGGCAACAGUAGCCAGGCAGGAGGCUCACUUAACGGAGGACACUUAAACUCAACAGCAAACUUAAAGUCGCUCCUGCAGCUCCCCGUGAAGGGCGACCAGCGCGUCAAAGACUCUAGUGAAAUGAAGGGUAAGGACAGGUUAGAUAUGGAUGAGGACUCUCUUAGCCGUUGUCCUCUGCGCAACGGCUGCAGCAAUGGACUAGCCGCUGACAGCAAUGGAGCAGGCACUGGCAGCUUCUCUAACGGCAACAACAAUUCCUUCCUGGGCCCGUUGCUAUGGGAACGAACAUUGCCAUGUGAUGGCGGCCUGUUCCAGUUGCAGUACAUGGAUCUCGAGGAGUUUUUGACUGAGAACGGGAUGAGCAGCAUGCACAGUACCUCAAACUCCACUUCAGCUCAGAUACCCUCGCAAAGCUCUCAGUCCGCCAUUCCCAACCAGGGCUCCCAGUGCCUCCCCACCUCGCCCCCACACUGCUCCUCUUCCUCCUCACCGACAUCCACCACCACAUCUUCCUCGCCCUCUCUGCUUGGGCUGGACAUGCAUACGCCGCAAAGCAUGAUGGGAUCUGCAGACUGCUUGCACGGAACUCCACCAGGCAGCUUGGAGCCAACGCCCUCACCUUCUUCCACUACAUGUCCACCACUCCCUACUCCACCCAUCACUAACUGCAAUGAGUUAUUGCCAUCCUUUGACCCUGAUCCCGCAGACGUCGCGCUGUCGAGUGUGCCUGGACAGGAGGCGUUUGACCCCCGCAGGCAUCGUUUCAGCGAGGAAGAGCUCAAACCUCAGCCCAUGAUUAAAAAGGCUCGCAAGAUGCUUGUCCCUGAUGACCUAAAGGAUGAGAAGUAUUGGAGUCGGCGUUGUAAGAACAAUGAAGCCGCAAAGCGUUCUCGCGAUGCUCGUCGACUGAAGGAGAACCAGAUCUCUGUGCGCGCCGCCUUCCUUGAGCGUGAGAACGCUGCACUCAGACAGGAAGUAGCUGACAUGCGCAAAGAGCUCGGCCGGUGCCGUAACAUCCUGAACAAAUACGAGAGCCAUCACUUGGAUCAAUAAAAAGGAGAGGAAGAAAAGGCAAAUUGAGAUGAUGGAUGCAGAACGCAAUGAAUGUUCCUAUGAUAGUCACGCUAAAAGACAGAUGGAAAAUGUAUCAAAUACAUGGAUGGAUGUAUGAAGACGGCACAAGAGCUCAAGUUUUAAACUGGAGUGAGAGAGCAUGUCACCUCUCUUAAAUUUUUUUUUUUUUUUCCCAGUAAGGUACAAUGGCAAGAUUUUAAUUAUGGAGAGAAUUGUAUAUUUUUAUAUGAUAGAAAAACGCUUAAUGGUGAAAGGAAAUUUUUGAAAUUAAUUUUUGUAUAUUUUCUAUAUCUUUGGGGAGGCUGUAAAGUAAUGAUGGAGGGAACUGGUUGAGGUAUCACUGUAAUUUAAAAUGUGGUAUUUUUGAAGCGAUCAACUCUUAGCGGUUGAAAACUUUUGAUCUUGUGAAGGAGAAAAAUGAGGGGCAGAAUUUAAGCCUAGAACUUUAAAGAUUUAGAAAAUAACUUUCUAGAGAAAUUAAACUGUAAAAUACUGAGAAAAAAAUAUACAUUUAAAUUUGUAUAGAAAUGUUAAUAUAGAUUUAUUCAAGCACUUACGUUGUGAUAAACCUGCGCGUUAUAUUUUGGCAAUGGUGACCGAGAACAACCAUGGAUGACGGGAAAUGACAGGUGCAUCUUAACUCUUUGGGGAAAAACAUUGUUUAUCAGUCUACUGCUGAUAUUUAUUUGUCAUUCUCAAAUGAAAACUAAACAUGUAAUGAUGGUAAGGCGAUGGUUAGGAAAGACAUGCAUUAAUUGUCACACAUUUUAUUGGCAUUUUUUUUUGUUUGUGUUUAUUUCCUUGGUGAACUCCAUAGGAUUCUUUCUCUUCUUAAAGUUGCUAUCUCCUGUCUACAGUGUACUCAUCGUUUUAUAGGAAUCUGACUCACAUUUGCAAACAAAAAACAGCUUUUUAGCAACAGCACACAUCCACAACGUGCAGAUCUUAAGUGAACUUGCAGAGGCUGUUCUUGCUGUGCAAAAACACAAUUUGGACCUCUAUGGAUUGAAUAUAUAUAUAUGGGACAUGACUUUCAUCUGAUUGUACAGAAUGAUUUCUUGUAAUGGAUGCACGGGAAAUUGCAUUUCAAAACAGGUUGACGUGUAGACAUUUGGCUAUGUCUGCGUUAUUGCUGGUUUUGCACCUGUAUAUGCAAACACAUUGAAGCCAAUGAGCGCUCUUACUUUUAUUGGAACAAUACUGAAUUUUUACAACCUGUUUACUGGUGUCAGUACAAAUGUUUCAAAAUCUAUUCGUUUUGUGGUUCCUCGCUGGUUCUCCAGUCACGUCUGUUUCUUUCCUUAACGACCAUUAAAGUAACUUCACUUAUUAUGAAUUAUUAUUGAUCUGAUCAUUAUUACUAUUGUUGUUAAUACUACAAAUGAAUUAUAAUUUUUGUUGUUUUAUUUCCUUGAUAUUGUCUAUUUUAUGUUCCUUUAAAGAAAAAUCCCACAAGUCUCCUCUCAGCUAUGGAGAUUUUGUCACUUCUUAUUUGUUACAGCAUUCAUCGUCAACACCAGCUGUAGAAGAAGUGUUGCCCUGACUGCCAGGUCAAUUUGUUUAUCAGAGGAACACUGGAAAAGAAAACUGGUGCCCUUGGCGAUCACAAACUCUGCUUCCCUGAAAUAAAUGGAUUUUUUUUCUCUUUAUUUCUGUACACUAGCAUUAUAAAGACCCAUCAUACCGUUUGCUCCGUCUUUCUCUUUUUUGUGCAUGUAGGUGUUUUUACGAACCGCCUUUUUUACCCAGUAAUUUGCUGCCUGUUUCUCAUCAGUGACAAUAUACUUUUGCAGAUGGAUUUUGGGUAAUGUAGUCCUUACCUUUCUGCACUUCAACAUGUGGAUGACUAUGAACAAUUUGUGUUGUGAUUCUUGUUUUUUUUAUGUACAAAUGCCCUAAUGCAUCAGUGUUACCCACACUGCACCUAGCCAAAGUAAUGCAGGGGAAUGUAGUCUUUUUCUCCAAGACCACAAAUAAACUCUUGUUCUUACUCACUAAA